CUCAGUGUAAGGUUGUCUCCUCUGAAGCGGAUACAUGAAGACGCCAGCAGAUGUGGGAGGACGGUCCUGUACAAAGUAGUAGCAUCCCAGAGCCCUGAGCCGUGCCUUUCCAAAGAGGACUGAAUGACGAGGCAGGAUGGCCGGGGGAAGGAGAGGACUUGUGGCCCCUCAAAACACGUUCCUGGAAAAUAUUGUUAGGCGGUCUAAUGACACCAAUUUUGUACUGGGCAAUGCCCAGAUCGUAGACUGGCCCAUUGUUUACAGCAAUGAUGGAUUUUGCAAACUCUCUGGGUACCACAGAGCAGAGGUCAUGCAGAAGAGCAGCACUUGCAGCUUCAUGUAUGGAGAGCUCACAGACAAGGAAACGAGUGAGAAAGUGAGGCAAACCUUUGAGAACUACGAGAUGAACUCGUUUGAAAUCCUCAUGUACAAAAAAAACAGAACGCCUGUCUGGUUCUUUGUCAAAAUCGCUCCGAUUCGGAAUGAGCAGGAUAAAGUGGUGCUGUUCCUGUGUACCUUCAGUGACAUCACAGCUUUCAAACAGCCGAUUGAAGACGACUCUUCAAAAGGCUGGGGUAAAUUUGCACGCCUGACUAGAGCCCUGACAAGCAGCCGAGGGGUCCUUCAACAGCUUGCACCAACUGUUCACAAAGGAGAAAAUGUCCACAAGCAUUCCCGACUAGCUGAGGUUUUGCAACUUGGCUCUGAGAUUCUUCCACAGUACAAGCAAGAGACACCAAAGACACCCCCUCAUAUAAUCCUUCAUUAUUGCACCUUUAAAACCACCUGGGACUGGGUCAUCUUAAUUUUAACCUUCUACACUGCUAUCAUGGUCCCCUAUAAUGUGUCCUUUAAAACCAAGCAGAACAAUGUGGCAUGGCUGGUGGUCGACAGCAUUGUGGAUGUAAUAUUCUUGGUGGACAUUGUGCUCAAUUUCCACACCACCUUUGUGGGCCCGGCUGGAGAGGUCAUAUCGGACCCAAAGCUCAUUCGCAUGAACUACUUGAAGACCUGGUUUGUAAUUGACUUGCUUUCUUGUUUGCCCUAUGAUGUCAUCAACGCCUUUGAGAAUGUGGAUGAGGGGAUCAGCAGUCUCUUCAGCUCCUUGAAGGUUGUAAGGCUGCUGCGACUGGGCAGAGUUGCCCGAAAGUUGGACCACUACAUUGAAUAUGGAGCAGCAGUUUUGGUGCUACUUGUGUGUGUGUUUGGACUUGCUGCCCACUGGUUGGCUUGCAUUUGGUACAGCAUUGGGGACUAUGAGGUAAUUGAUGAAGAAACCAAUACAGUCAGGACAGACAGCUGGCUUUAUAUGCUCGGGGAUUCUAUUGGAAUGCCUUACAGGUUUAACCUCUCUGGGACUGGAAAAUGGGAAGGUGGACCAAGCAAAGACUCGGUAUACAUUUCCUCUUUAUAUUUCACAAUGACUAGCCUGACUAGCAUCGGAUUUGGUAACAUUGCCCCAACAACAGAUGGAGAGAAGAUCUUUGCUGUAGCCAUGAUGAUGAUUGGAUCUUUGCUGUAUGCGACCAUCUUUGGUAAUGUGACAACCAUCUUCCAGCAAAUGUAUGCCAACACCAACAGAUACCACGAGAUGCUCAACAGUGUGCGAGACUUUCUGAAGCUUUACCAGGUUCCAAAAGGUCUAAGUGAGCGGGUCAUGGAUUAUAUUGUCUCCACAUGGUCCAUGUCCAGAGGCAUCGAUACUGAAAAGGUUUUACAGAUCUGCCCCAAGGAUAUGAGGGCCGAUAUUUGUGUACAUCUGAACCGCAAGGUGUUCAAAGAGCAUCCAGCAUUCCGACUUGCCAGUGAUGGAUGCCUGCGCGCUUUAGCCAUGGAGUUCCAGACUAUCCAUUGUGCUCCGGGGGACUUGAUUUACCAUGCGGGAGAAAGUGUGGACAGCCUUUGCUUUGUAGUAUCGGGGUCUUUGGAAGUAAUACAAGAUGAUGAAGUUGUUGCCAUUUUGGGAAAGGGAGAUGUGUUUGGCGAUGUUUUCUGGAAGGAAGUCACUUUGGCUCAAUCUUGCGCUAACGUCAGAGCUCUCACAUACUGUGACCUCCACGUCAUUAAAAGGGACGCCUUACAGAAAGUGCUGGAGUUCUACACGGCCUUCUCCAACCACUUCUCUAGAAACCUGCUCCUUACGUAUAACCUGAGAAAACGGAUUGUCUUUCGGAAGAUUAGUGAUGUGAAGCGGGAGGAAGAAGAGAGACUGAGAAGGAAGAAUGAGGCCCCACUCAACCUCCCACCUGACCACCCAGUGCGGCGACUCUUUCAGCGGUUCAGACAACAGAAAGAGGCACGGCUGGCAGCUGAAAGGGCCAAAGACCAAGACGAGUUCGAUGUGGAAAAAGGAAUGAUCCACGUGGAACACGGAGUACCCAUCACCACCACCAGCAUUGUCACUGUCACUGAAAGCCCCGCCACGCCCGUCACUUCCAUAUCAGCAAAUGGCGCCUCUACUUCUGGGAUAUCUGAUCGAGCAAGGCUGGCAGCACCUACAAACCACACGGCUAGCAAAGUUGCAGAGUCCUCCAAGGCGAAAGGCUGGAGCAAAUUCAGAGAUUCUGUGGGAAAGGCGGACAACUGGAACAAGGUUUCUAAAGCUGAAUCCAUGGAAACUUUACCAGAAAGAACUAAAGCUCAUGAGGAGACGUCCUUAAAGAAAACAGAUUCAUGUGAUAGUGGUAUCACAAAAAGUGACUUGCGAUUAGAUAAUGUUGGAGAGGCACGGAGCCCCCAGGAUCGCAGUCCUGUUCAAGCAGAGGUGAAACACACAUUUUAUCCAAUUCCAGAGCAAACGAUUCAGGCUUCGAUUCUUGAGUUUAAACAUGAACUGAAGGAGGACAUAAAAAGCUUGAACAGCAGAAUGGAGAUCCUGGAAAACCAAGUCGCUGAAAUUCUUAUAAUAUUAAAGUCUAGGAAAUCGCUGAACUCGCCACAGAACAUGUUUGAAAUCUCAAGACCAGCAUCUCCAGAAUCAGAGAAAGAGGACAUUUUUUCAUAAUCUUUUUGUGCUUUGAAAUGAGACUAAAGUCGACACUGGAAGGAGUGCAUGGACUCUGUGAUAAAACCACAUUGUAUCAGUAAUACGGUGGGCCGUUUUCAUCAAUUCAGAAAAGGUCCAGAAAAUGACAUGAAAUUGAGUUGAGUUCUCUAGGUUUAUUUAAGUUUGGCUAAGCAGGAAAGGUCCCAGGUAGAAUAAUGUGGUGUAUGUGUAGCCGAGGCGAGCGUGGCGCUAACCAGGGUGCUGAUACUGUAUGGUGGGCAUAGCCUAACCAGGUGAAGUCCUCACCUCUGGGACUACUUCGAGAUUCACGUGCACAGAUGUCUUCAAGUACGUUCUUAUCUUAAACCAACAGUUUGUUUUGUUUUUUUAAAAUUAAAAAAAUAAUCAGGCAGUUAUUUAUAAAUUACAAAAUUUGAAGAGUGCAACAAAUGAUUAUACAUAUAUCCCAGUUACAUUACUUGCAUAUCUUAUUUUUUAAUAAGUGUCAUUUUAAAUAGUUAGGCAUUUGGGUUUACUCUGGUGGUGGGAGGCAGAUUUUGCUUUGCCGUGGCUGGGAUUUUUGGCUUUUUUUUCUUUGGCAGCAGAACUCAUUCAGGUGCUAAAUAUCAUCUCCCCCUUUAUAUGUGAAGCAGUAAAAUCAAAGCCGCUCUCCUUAUUGAGCUCAGAGGUGGUGGUGGUGGUGGUCUUUUCUUUUCUUUCUUUGUUUCAUUGUGAACACAUAUCUGACUUGUCGCAUUGUUUUUUUCUCUGUAUGCAAGACCAUAAGCACAUGCUUUAUAUAUAA